AUGACAAUUUCAGGAAAUCAUUUCAAGAAUAGAAUGCAUUCAAAGGCAUUAACCAAUCAUGACUUUAACAGCAUCACAUUAAUCUCAGAUACUCGAGAAAUACGUUCAAAGAAUAUAUUUGAUGUGAUCAAGAUGGAUUCUGUCAAAAAACGACAAUGUUUUGUAACUUUGAGAAGGUUAAUGAUAAAUUCAUAUGGUAAAGAUUUCCAAAAUACAAUGGAUUCAAAGACAUCCACUAAUGACGAUUCUAAAGGUCAACCAUUGAUGAAUUUUGAGACUGUGAAGUUGAAGUUAGAGAAGGGUUUAUACCUUACAAUAGAUCAAUUUGCGAGUGAUGUAAGGAUCAUAUUUUACAAUGCCACUAUAUUGCACCAAGUGAAUGAAAGAACUCAAAGAAUAGCAAUGAAGCUCAGUCAUCUUUUUGAGAUGAAGUGGAAGUCUUUGGAGGAAAAAUGGGAAGCUGAGAAACAAAUGAAAAUUGAAGAAAAAUCAAAGCAAGAGCCAAAGAAAAAUGUCACAAAAUCACAUGAAUUUGGAAAUGGAGAAAGAAAUAAAAGAAAAUUUGAUUGUGAUGAUAUUAAAGAGAAUAAUUGUUCAAAGUCCAUGCAUGAAACAACCUUUUAUUCAAAAUUAUCAACUAAAAAGGUUAAGAAGGAACAUCUUGUGGAUACCAUAUUGGUUUCACAAAGAAAUUUGUCUUGUUACAAUAAUAUUAGCAUGGAAAGGAAGAAACAAAGGAAAAAUGCUCAAGUGAUGAUACAAAAUAUGAAGAGAACAGUUUUUAUUAAUGAAAGUUUGUACUAUUUUAAAGAGUUAGAAAGAUUAUGUGGUCAUUCAUUGCAAAAUUGCAACAAGGUAAAUUCAUUGAAGAAAUUUGUGGGAUUGACUCUAAAGGAUGAGUUUAUGGGAGUGACAGAUUUGAAUGAAGAAAAGUUUUUUAAUAGAGAUUGGGAGGAAGGAGAAAUUAUUUUUCUCAAUUAA